AUGUCUUGGCAAAGGCAACGGGCGGGAUCCGAAGACGGAGAAAUCGAUGAGGAAGAAGGAGAAAUCACAGAUAAUCCUCAGCCACCGGUGGCGUUAUCGCUGUCUCCUUCGAAGUCUCGUCCCACCGUCACCCACUCGCUCCCACCCAGUUCCCAAGCAACAGGUGCCGCAUUCCAUGGCGAAUCAAACUUUCCUCCGCAGCCGCCUUUGCCGAACCGUCUGAGCAGUACUAGCGGGCCGAACAGCAUCCAUCCCUACCCGGGCGCCAGUCACAGUAGUAGUAACAGCAACAACAACAUACCUCCCCCGCGUCGUGGAAGCUGGCGGGGCGGACGUGGCGGUACUAGUGUCGGUGGUGGAGCCUUUGAACGACGUCCCGGUCGAGGGUUGGGCCACCGCAAUACUUCUUUCGGCAGCGGACCGCCAGCGUUCGACGCGCCCCCACCGGCACGCAGCCAAAGCUUCCAGUCAUUUCACCGCCACAGCAGCGGAAGCAUUCCAGGCCUUCCCGCCAGCAAUGUUCUCCCACCGGUAGCGGCUACUGAUCCGAGACGGGCGACGGAUCCACGGUUUCGGGGAGCACCCGGCGUUGCGAACACCCCGGUGUCCGCACCGCAUUUUACCGAAUCGCGGGCAACCAGCGAGGGCCGGGGCUUUACUACCUCGUCCAGUAGUGCUCCGGUAUCGGUCAGUAGUACUUUAGCGGAUUCAGUCAGUCUGGCAACACCCUACAGCAGCUUGGCUGAAGGCAAGCCACCCCACGUACUAGCUGCUGAAGACGCGAAGGUCGUUCGAGGACUCCGUGCCAGUAGUGUCGCGAGAAACGAGUCCAUCGGCAAUGAUGUUCCACGGGAUAGCAGCGUCAGUGGGCCCUUCCCGCCACUAGGGGGUUCCACGGAAAUUGCCUCUUUUCCUGGAGGUUUUCGCGAUAGAGGUCCACCGCAUCGUCGACAUACUGGCGACUUUCGGGGGCACCCUGGCGGCCACGGCUCGCUCAAUCGACGAGUUUCAAGCGAAUAUGGUAGCGGCGACGGACCGAAUAGCGAAGUCCUACCCUUUGGAAGGCCCAACGAAAUUCAUCAAUCUGCUAGGCAGGGUUCUCAGCAUGCAGUCCCCCCAUCCGGUGAGCCACUGCCGGUGUCGCGUGGUCAAUCCACAGGUAAUCAGACUCCUCCACCUCCGUUUCAUCGAGGCCCAGCGCCGCCUCCUACUCAAGAGCAACAGCAACCUCCAUUCCACCGUAGUCAUCCGUUACCGCAGGAUCCACCGCCGGGAGCUUUCCCUCGAGACGGGCCGCCUCAAGGAGAAGUGCCAUCCUUUUAUAGGGAUGAGCAAUCAGUGUUUUCGCGAAAUCAACACACCCAUGGCGGAGAUUUCCCACCGUUCAACCAAAGAGCUUCGGAUCAGCCUCCUUUUUCCUCGGGCCCGCCCAACGUAGAGCAACCGCUAUUUCGAGGACCAAGACAGGAUUCCUAUUACGGACCCGCUUCACGCGACGUAAAUUCUGGAAGGUUCGGGUCGCCCUCCCAACGUGAUCGCCCCAUUGUCAAUGCCCGAGGGGUUUCGGGAGGUCCUCCACCUCCCCCACCACCACUGGGAUCGCAAGGGGCGCUCACAUCCACACAACAUCCCUCUUUAGCUCCUGGUGUGGCCCCGCUUCAUCGACGGAACGAUCCACGCCUUCAUCGAGACCCCGAUGCGGAAGGACGAGAUUUCGCGGACGCGGCAUCCGCAUCCGAGCCGCUUCGACCCAAUUUUCCACCCGAGCGCACCGGAUUCCCGAUGCAAAGUGAACGCGGUUUCCGAAAGCCGCCUUUUGGACAAAUGUUUCCACCGGGAGGUGCUACAGAAAAUAGUACCGGCUCGGAUUCGUUUGGUCGAUCACGCGAACGGAAUACCGCGGCAGCGCGGUCGCCUCAAACGUCACCACAUACGCGUAAACCCGUUUUGAGCUACUUUCAGGAAUCGCCGGCGAAGGAAAUUCCGCGUCUGCCUGCCAUAAUUGAUGCCAAAUCGGGCAGUCUGUCGAGUCGAAUCAAAUCUGUAGGUCAACAUACCGAAGCAAGGACAGAAGAGCCAGAACCUCUUUUGACAUCCGUGCUUGGUGAGGAUUCAGUGGAUAGGGCGGAAAAGGUUGUAUUGCUUCUGACUGAUCAAAGGGAUAAAGCUAGCUUGGAAAGAGAUGAUAAGGGAUGUAGUGAGCUUCCGAAGAAGCAGACAAUCCUGAUUGCGCUGAAUCGUAUGGACACCAAAAUCAAGCUGCUUCAGAAAUCUACCUUAGAUAAAGAAGAAGAAGUUGAAGCACAUAUCGAAAAAGAAAAGGAAGAUCAAAAACGGGCUGCUAAAGAGGCGAAAUCUGAAGCUGAACGUUUGGAAAAGGAACACAGGCGACGCCGGGAAGAGGAACAACAAGCCGAUGAAAAGGCCGAACAAGAGCAGAUUGAAGGUAUGAUAGAAGAAGGGCAGGCCGGUUUCGAUGCAGAUCUAACAAUAUCUACAGUGACGUUCGAGACCGAUCUCGAAGCAGCUCGUAAGGUAGAAGAAGCAAGGUUUGAGCUAGAAUGUCAAGAACAGAUAUCUGCGGCUACGGAGCGAUUCGACAAUGAUGUGCAAACUACACAGCAAGAGUUGGAGAAUUCUAUACAAUCUAUUUCGAAUACUCAAAACCUAAUUUCGGCUCUCGAGGAGGAGUACAAGUGCAAGAUGGAGGAAGGAGAUACAGUCGGUGAAGAGAAAAUGGAUCAACCUGAUCUAGUAAAUACAGUUUUGGAAGAAAAUCGAAGGCGCGCUGCCGAGGCCCAUGUGUCUCAAUGGGCAGGUUUCCCUGUGGUGUCGGAUGAUGAUGAGUACGGUGUUUUAGAGAACGAAAAGGAUCCUAAAGAAGGUAAAAGUCAUGUACGGUGGGCAGAGAUGGCGCAGAAAGUUACCGGAGUCGGAGAUGCACUCUACAACGAACCUUCGGAAGCGCCGUAUUUUGAGCAAAAUGAGAGACUUCAUGCACUGAUCGGCCCGCUGGUAACAGAGCAAAUACGCUACAGUCAACGGCAAGUCGACACCCACUGGAGAGAACUUGCCGAAGAAUACGAAUACCGAAGAGUAGUUUACGAGGCUCAACAACUCAAAGAUGGCACGGCUCAGAGAAGGCGCAUCAAAUCCACAAGUGUGCCCCAUAGGCUCGUUGGGAGCAAACCUAAUGUCCCUAUCCUCGAGUCCACAUCUGGCCACGGACGCUCGUCGAACAACCCAUAUCGUCGGGCACGUAGAGGCAACGAGGUGCGGACAGAAUACGAACAAGAACAAAUUAUAGCAGAGCUGGCAGCCAAAGAAGCGCUGGAAAAGAGAAUUGCAACUGGGGGAUCAGAGCUUCCGCGUCAGAUAGGUCAGAUCGAAAGAAGCUGGACAGCCACCUACAUCCAAACAUUUUCGGCGCAAAGGGUUGACCUUGAGGAACAGGAGGCAGAGUUACGUAUUACGGGUGUUUGGACGGACAUGGAAAAGUGCAUUUUCUUAGACCGAUUUAUGCAGCAUCCCAAGGAUUUCCGCAAGAUUGCUUCUUUUCUCCGAAAUAAGACGACAACUGAUUGUGUCGCCUUUUAUUACGAUUCCAAGCAAACGCUGCCUUAUAAGGGUGCGUUAAAGGAACACGUAAUGCGGCGGAAGAGACGUGGCGGAUAUCCAAUUUGGGAAGCAACUAUUCAAGCCGCCCUCUCGGUAGGUGCAGUCGUUGAAGCAGGGGAUAGUGAAGAAAAGCCAUUGAUCUUCACACUUCCGUUUGAUGAUCACACUUUUUCUACUUUUGGCCUUCAUCCUUUGAAACGCGAAGUUUUGGAUUUAAUGGAAAUAAAAGAGCAGGCUCUCGCUGAAUUUGACGCAGAUGAGGAUGCAGACGACGUUUCUAGCAAAUCAGGGCAACCCAAAAAACGUCCUCGCGAUCGUCUUUUCCUGUUGGAUCCGAGACAAAGAAAAUUCCUGAAACCCUUGCCCCAGGAAUCGGCUCACGCUACCUGCCUUAAGGUGGACAGUGGAAAAGCAAGCACAGCUGACGAUGAUCACAACGAUUCCAAAGAGGGUACAGCAAAAGAUGAGUCGGGGCGAUUAACUCCUCUAAGAAAAGCACCCCAAAAAUGGACGGCGUCAGAGAAAAAGAUUUUUCACGAUACCUUGGAGAGUCAUGGUAGGAAUUGGAGCAUGCUUUCCCAGGCUGUAGGGACAAAAACGAUUUCUCAGAUUAAGAAUUACUACUACGACUACAAGAAGCAGAAAGAUAAAAAUCGGACGACUGACAAAGACAAAAAGGUCGAAAGCAAAACUGAGAGGACCGAAUCUCACGAAAACAGUCCUACACCGCCACAUAUUGCCGCGGAUCAAAGACCCGGCGACCAGACUAGUAACGAGCCGAUUUCGGAUUUACGCAAAAAUCAGCCGCCUCGCUAUGAUCCCCAAUUUGAAGCUAAACAUAUCGAGCGACAGAUGUUCGAAGUGUUGCAACAGCAAGGGCAGGGUCCAUACCCCGAACAAGAAAGGCUUGUCGAUCGACGUCCUGUCGAAUCGUUGAGUGAUCAAGAAUUAUGGGCCCAAUUACACCGACAGGGACUUUUGGGUCAACAGCGAGGGCAUUUAUCGGACGAGGCGGCACGGCACCUUCUCCAGCAUCACUCGCAGUCACACCAUCAGCAAGUCCUCUCAAAUUUGAUGCCCUGGGCUUCGGGAGGGCAACUUCCGCAGCCAGUCAAACGAGCGCAACCAAUCAAUGUGCAAGAAUGGGAGCAGCUGCAGGCAAUUUUGCAGAUCCAGCGUCAACAAGAACAACAUCGCCAUCAGCAUCAACCUCACGUACCGCACAACCCGAUGGCCAACUUGGACCCUCAAAUGCUUGCGUUGGCCCGUCUCGCUGGUUUGGAUUCCAGCGCAUUGGGUAUGAACCCGCAAUUAUCGCGACUUGCGCAUCAUCCUGCAGUUGGCUCAGCUGGAAGUCAUGAUGACGCACAAAUGGCUUUAGCACAACGGCUUCUGAGCUACAGUCAGAGCGCUGGGGGAGGGGGGAAUAGUGCCCAGGGGGCGCUAGAUUUGUUGACACAGGCCAUGAGUCGUGGGGGUGCCGGACGCCAUCCGAAUCCAGAUCGGGGUUCAGAUCGGGGUACAGAUCGGUACUAGAAUGGAUACCUGAUCGAGAAAAGUGGUUGGCGUUGGGUGUUGGCCGGGUACACAAGGUUUUUUGUGCAUUCAGAAAAGUUCAACAGCUCAAGUCAAUAGUUUUUGUGUUGAACUGCUCCGCUCUCUGCUAUCGAGCGCUUGAUCCGUUGGAAUAGCAAAUAUCUGCCUCUCUUGAUUUUCUAUAGUUUACGGUAUUUUCUGACU